UUAUGUCAGCUGUGAUGGAAAAACUCCGAACCCCUUUCAGCAGAGCCUGACGCUGUCUCACAGGGCAAUGAGUGACAUCCACCAGAAGCUCCUGUCCCUACUGCGAGGGUCUGCGGCUGAGCUGCCGUCCGCACAGCCCAGGCUGCUCUCCGUUCUCCAGGCCCUUAAUACCAGCGAGGGGAUGUUCCACCACCUCACCGUCCGCCUCCACUGCCUCGGCCUGCACAAGCAUCUCCAGGACCUGUGGACCGGUUUGUGCUGGGAUGGACUGGAGGGGUCCCUGGGGCUCUCUGUCCUCUCCCUCGUCAGCGUCGCCACCUUCUCAUCCCUGGCUACCUGUCUGGCUCAAGUCUGGGCACUUUCCGUGGCCGCCCGGGACUCUGCGACGGAGGAGGAGCCGGAGGAGCCCGAGGAGCUGGAGGGCGAGGACGUCUUCAGGCCUCCGGAGUGGAAACAGUUGCCGCGCUACCUCAGCCGGCCCCGCCUCCACACCUUCUCCAGUUACGGCCGGUCCAGCCUCAGGGCCCCGACGCCCACCCGUCCGUGGACACCCACCCUCCACUACAUGUAG